UAACGUGCCAAAACGACAACGCUCGUUCCCGCUCGCCAUCGUUUCAAAUUGCGAACGAAUUUGCAAAAGCACACACUGUAACCGAUCCAUUCCCACAUCACACAAAAUACAAAAACUACAACUAACAUAGAAGAAGAUGAAGAAGUGAUAUCACAAUCACAUUAUCAUGGAUUCCAUUUCUAACCUUCCGCUCCUAGAGAUCGCAGGCGAAGACGAUUCGUUGCUCUUCGAUGUUUCCGCAGCGUCCACCACCGAUGUUUUCUCUUGCUCCCCUCUCCUACCUCUCAGAUCUAAUCCUCCUCAACACGAAGGAAGAGAAGGUGGUGGCGCUGUGGAUUCCGAAAAUCAAAGAAGUUCCUCGGUUAGUGACAGAGCGAACAAAGAGAACGCGGAUUGGAACACACUGCAGAAGCUUAGCUUGGAGCCUCAGCAAAUGAAGAGGAAGAAGAAAGGAGGCGGUUACAAUUUGCGUAAGAGCUUGGCAUGGAACCGAGCUUUCUUUACUGAAGAAGGUGUUUUGAACCCGGCAGAGCUUUCUAUUAUUAGUGGCACUGCCACUCCUAAGGCAGGGUUGAAUUUGGAAGUAAUCCUUGAAGAAGAGUCCGUUGGCACUUCGAUAGAGUUGCAGGACAUUGAAGAAAAUUUGUUCAUGCAUUCAUCCGAUGCUGUUCCUGUUGAAGAUAGGAAGAUUGGCUUAUCUCCAAAGCCUGCUGCAUUAGCUAAAGCUUCUCCGGCCCCGGUUUCCAAAGCAAAGAGGAAAGUGCUUACUGUCAAUGACUCAGUUGGCAACAGAUCCAAACGCAAUGCUUGUCCUCCACGGGUGCCAGUAGCUUCAUCCUCACUAAAAAAAACUGACACAGUAAAAGCUCCAAGUAAAGAAUUGAAAGUGACUAGGAUACCUGGUCCGAAAUCAGAUGUUUCUGCAAGUGCAACAACUGCCAGGAGUGGAAUGUUGACCACAGGUUCCUUGAAGAGAAAUCAGAAUGCUCGUCCUGCCACUAAUCUUCAGAAGCAUACUGGAGUAAAAGGCCCUUCCAAAAAUCCUAAAACUGUCCCAAGUAACCCAAAAGUUGGUCUGGCUGGUAAAUGUUCAGUUACUAGAACACUUACCCAGCAGGCUGGGAAACAUUUGGAUAACUCAGUUUCAGAAACACAUCCACCAUCUAGAAUGCAUCAAUCAGGAACUGAAGCAAAUAAGGUGUCAGAAGCUUGUCUUUCACAAGGUGUUUCUGACAUCAGUGAGAAAAGGCAACAGACACAGCUUCAAACAACAAAAUUUUCAGGCCUACGGAUGCCAUCUCCCUCAUUGGGAUUCUUUUCUCUGGCAAAAACUUCCAGUUCACAUAGCCAAUUACAGAAAAGUUCUAAACCUUGCAAACCUGCUAGGAGUAACAUUCCUCAAUUACAGAAUUUAGAAACAAAUUCUGUUAAUGAGGCAAGACUACCGCAUGCACCUGGAAUAAGGUCUCAAAUUGUCAAAGGUGCAGCAAAGAAUUGCACUGAGGAAUUAACCCUUUUAGAUGUAAAGUCAGAAUCAAGGAUGCAAGUGGAUAAUAAGCAGAUGGCUGGUGUAGAGGUGGAACAUAAUUCUAUGGGUUCUGAAAAAAUAAGCAAGCAAGAAAAGGUUGAAAACAAUCUUGAACAUGUCAACAUAAAACCUAAGGAACAAGGAGAACUACAUAGAAGUGAGAAUGCCUCUAGCAUGGAGAAUGUGAUAUUCCCUAGACAUGAAAAGAAGCUUCUUUCAGUGAGUCAAACUCAAGAGCAGUCAGAGAAAGAGGCUGGUCACCCUGACGUUUUGUCAAACAAGUAUCAAUCUGUGUUUCAGGAACCACAGUCUAUGGACCAUCAUGGCAUGCUGAGAAAUUCCAUAAUGACAGGUAGUAUUUCAAAUACUGUGCAUAAUGCCAUGGGACAAGAUGAAGAUGAACAAAUCAAACUGUUCGCUUGUGAUGUUCUUACUUCCAAUGAAAGUUUGGUGCUACAGGCAAAGCAUGGUACUUCUUUUAAGGGUAGUAGACUCUCUGAAGAGUUCAAGGAAUACAAUAGUGUUAAGACUGCAUUUUUAAAUUCUAGUCUUGUUGAUUUGAGUGAAACUGUUUUGGGAGGAUCUAUACAAGAAAUCCCCUUUAAGAAUACUGAACAGGUAAAUGGUGAUGCUGCUGAUUUUGUUACAAGUGGAGGAGAUGCACAAGUGCAUUUAUUGAAUGCGAAUCUCUCAGUUGAUUGCAAUGAAAGCACUGAAAGUAAUUUAGAGGCAGUUAAUCAGCAGCUACAAGGGGAACAACUCAAGACUACAAGUGCUGGUAUUGUAGGAGAAAUUAGUUCAUCAAAAGAAGACGAAUCUCAUGUAAAUAGUUGUCAACUAGUCCAUAUGACAACCUUAUCUUCCAAGGGUUCUCCUCAGAAGUCUAUACCAGAAAUCAAUGGUCCGGCUGAAACUGAACCAAAAAUAGCUGAAAUUGAAGACUGCCAGUUUCCAGUAGAUGAUCAAUCAGGUUUCAUUCAGACAAGACCAGAGUUGGAAGGAUGUGAGAAGGUUAUUGACUCAAAGGCAAUGCAUGAUAGUUCUCAAGCAUUUGAAUUGGAUAGUUUAAGUGAAGAUUGUGUGGCUCUUUCUGCACCUGCUUGCAACACUGUGGUAAGCAAUGUUUCUUGGGAAAGCAGACCUUUUCAAGAGAAUAAUGUAGAGAUUCUCCAUUUUACAUCCCAACUAUGUCCAGUGGUAAAAGUUGAUUUUGAUCCGAGUAAAAAUGAAAUGUCAACCAAUAGCUGCCGUAUGAUUUCUGAGUUGCAGCUUGGAGAUGAGGAUUCUUCUAGGGAUGUUUCAAUGCACUAUGAUGUUCCGAUUGAUGUCCCUGGAAACUUUGAGCAACAAAUUAAUAAGAAUAUAUAUUCUAAAGCAAGCGAAAUGCUUUGUGAAGGUGAGAGUUUAGUACUAAAUCAUGGUCACUUGCUUGAUCAAAGUGAAUUUUCUGAAGAAUUAUCUGCAGAUUUCAUUUCAAACACCAAAGAUUCUAUAAGUACUGUUGCUGGAAAAUCCUCUGGCUGUUUACAACAUACACUACCAGCUCAGUUAUCAGUACUGUUGGAUGGUGACUGGCUGCCCACAAAUACUGCUUCUUCUGAAGAAAUCAAGAAAACAAAUUUAUCUGAGAGUGCAUUAGAAGGAUGUGAUAUCCAUACAAGUGAGCGCAAUGCUUCUAAUUAUCAUAUUCAGGCUAUGCCUGAAAUUAAAGAUGGAAAUAUUGAUGUGGAUGAAAGGGAAGAGCUUUUACGAAUUGAUGAUUCAAAAGAAGGUUCUUCUGACAUAUUGCCAUUAGUUGAAGCUCAACUCAAUGACAACGUGAUAUCUUCUGAAUGCAAUUCUUCUAUAGAAGUGAGCAAAGAUUCUUUUACAGACAUAGUUGCUUGGAAAUCUGAGGAGGAUUGUUCUUUGAGUCAAAGUUCAAACUUCCCGGCUUCAGAUAAUUUAACCUUCAACACAGGAAUCCCACAGAAGUUGAAUCAAAAUUCCCCCCAUGGAGAUUGGCCGGAUACUGUUUCUGCAACUGCUUGUGACACAAAGGUAAACAAUGUUUCUCAAGAAAGCCAACCUUGUCAUGAGAAUGAUGUAGGAGAUCUCCAGUUUACAGCCCAACUAUCUCCAAUGGUGAAAGCAGAUUUUGAUUCCACAGAAAAUGAUAUAUCAACUAAUAACUGCUGUACCAUUUCUGAGUUGGAGCUUAGAGAUGAUGGUUCUUCUAGGGAUGCUUCAAUGCACUAUGAUGGUCAAUGUGGUGUCACUGGAAACUUUGAGCAACAAACUAGCAUGAUUAAAUAUUCUGUAGCUAAUGAAAUGCUUUGUGAAGAUGAGAGUUUAGUGCUAAGUCAUGAUCACUUGGUUGAUCAGAGUGAUUUUUCUGAAGUAUCUGCAGAUUUCGUUUCAAACGCCAAAGGUUCUAUUGGUAGUGGAGCUGAAAAUCCCUCUGGCCAUUUACAACAUACAAUAUUGACUCCAUUAGUACAAGAAUUUGAUCACACCAACAGAGAGACUGAGGAAUCACAUCUGGAAAAUGCACAAGUGCAGUCAUUUACUGAAAAUCCAGUGGCAUACCACUGCAGCAGUAAACACAGUCUUGUUACUGAUGAUAAAUUUCCAUUGGCUGAUAACAAUGAUAUAAAUGAAGAUUCUCAUCUUUCUGAUUUUCAAAGGCUUGGUGCUGUUGUUGGUGUAGAUUCCCAGAAUGCUGAUAACAUACUUAUUGCUUCUUCUCAAGAAAUCAAGAAAACAAGUUUAUCUGAGGGUGCAUUAGAAGGAUGUGAUACCCAUACAAGUGAGCACAAUGCUUCCAAUCAUCAUAUUCAAGCUAUGCCUAAAAACAAAGAAGGAAAUCUUGAUGUGGAUGAAACAGCAGAGCUUUUGCAAAUUUAUGAUGCAAAAAAAGGUUCUUCAGACAUAUUGCCAAUAGUUGAAGUUCAACUCAAAGAUUCCCAGAAUGUUGAUGACUUACUGCACUUAGAUGGUGAUUGGCCUCCCACAAAUUUUGUCUCUUCUGAAGAAUUCAAGAAAACAAAUUUAUCUGAGGGUGCAUUAGAAGGAUCUGAUAUCCAUUCAAGUGAGCACAAUGCUUCCAAUCAUCAUAUUCAGGCUAUGCCUGAAAACAAAGAUGGAAAUCUUGACGUGGAUGAAAGAGAAGAGUUUUUGCAAAUGGAUGACGUGAAAAAAGGUUCUUCAGACAUAUUGCCAUUAGUUGAAGUUCAACUCAUUGACAACGUUGUAUCUUCUAAAUGCAAUUCUUCUAUAGAAGUGAACAAAGACUCUGUUACGGACGUAGUAACUUGGAAAUCAGAGGAGCAUUGUUCUUUGAGUGAAAGUUCAAACUUACCAGCUUUAGAUGAUCUAACAACCUUCAACACAAGAACCCCACAGGUCUGUGAAGUUAGUUCAUUGAACAGUACAAUUUUUUUAGAUGAAGCUGAAACUGAUAUCUUUGAGAAAGAUGAGUUUCCACAUACCGACAUGCAGCACCAGUCAAAUGGCAAUAUUAAUUCUGCAGAAGACAGCAGCAAAAUAAUUCGUUUGGAGGAUUCUGUAACUAAAUGCAAGCAAGAAGUUCCUACAGUGAAGCCUCCACCAAAUGCUGCUCCGUUUUCGGAUGAAUGGUUAGCUGCAAUUGAAGCUGCGGGAGAGGAGAUUUUAACGAUGAAAAGCGGUGCUGUACAAAAUUCUCCUCCUGACAAGCCUCAGCAAGAACCAGGUCCUUGGUCCCCGGUGAGACGUAAGAAUCAAUCGAUUGGACCCUUUGAUUGUACCAAACACAAUAUCCAGCAUUCCAGUCCAUAAUGAUAUAAAACUGGGAUUUAAUCUUUAUUAAUCACUAACCAUUUUUUCUUUGCUUGAAACAACCCUUCAGCUUCAGAAGUUUGAAGACGUUGUACGGAGCAAAGUGCUACGCAUGUAGAAUUGCCCAUUGCCACAUUUAUGUCUUACUCUGAAGAUACUUAAUAAAUAAAUAAAUCAUAAACUGAUUGUUGUCAAAUUGUAAAUUAUAUUUUUGUACUAGUUUUUACUUUAUAGAACUCUAGUUUUUGAAGUUUCCCACUAGGUAUAAGAUGAGACUAAUAUACUUUGUUGCCCCCAUAAAACUCUAGUUCUUUCAUCA